GACAGGUGUUAUGUGUUAAUUAUGGGGGAGUGCACUUUUGCAAUGCUAGUGCGUGGUGUCCUAUUCCUCUUUUGUUCCUUUGCUCCUGGUUAUACCUUCAGCAGCAAUGGGUCUGAGCUGUACGGGAAUCCAGAACUAAAAUGGAAGGCCGUGUCCAGAGCUCUCGUCGAGGAGAUGCCCAAGGUGAACCCCAGGGUCUAUUCACCACUCCCUCACUUCCUGCGGGUCUCAGCCGCUGACGACUACAAGUCCCUCCUUCACCCUGACCAUGUUGCCAGAGAGGUGCCGGAAGAGGUAAAGCGGAUUCUAAACCCGCAUCCAUCAAUGGGAGGAUUAGACCAUCUUCAAUCAGUCAGUCCUGCCCCUUCAGACCUUCUGCUGAAAGUCGUGUGCUAUAUGGACAGAAUCUAUGUGAGGGUCUCGCAGUCUCUGUUCACCAGAAAGCGGGCGUUCAGGAGCCUGAAGUUGGGAAGAUGUCGUGUGAACGCAAGGGAUAAUACAUUUUACUACUUCAUCUACCCGCUGAGGAGUCGUCGGUGUGACUUCACCAGGAAGCUACUGCCGGACUUCCUGUCGGUCACCACAACGCUUCGCUACGAUCCUCCGGAUGAAAUCCUGUGGGAGCUUCCAUUCACUGUCGACAUUCAGUGCAAAUUACACAGGUUCCACCACGUCUACUCCAGCGGCAUCGAUCCCCACCUGAGGGGCGGAACCAUCUCUAAAAGCCUGACCUUUGUCGCAGGAUCUCGCAGGCUCAUCGUUAAAGAUUCUUCAGGCCAUGAGCUGAUGGGCCCCCAGACCUACAACCUGAGAGACACCAUCUACUUCGAGGCCAGUCUCGUGGACGGCCUUGACCCAGAUCAGAGGCUGUAUGUGAACAAGUGCUACAUGACCGCCUCUGAAGACUCCAGUUCAAAUCCCCAAUACGUGGUGAUCGAUAAACUUGGCUGCAUGCUUGCUGGCAGGAUUACCUAUGCGAACCGGUUCCUGACUCCAAACUUGAAGAGCUCUGUGAACUUCGCAAUCAGUGCCAUGAUCUUCAAGGAGCUGCUAGGCUCAGUAAAACCAGCUGGCCAAGAAUUCAUGCUCUACAUGCACUGUGAGAUCGCUCGUGGGCCCGCGACUGCAACGACCACCAGGAAAUCCUGCAAUUAUGUACAUUCUUCACCCCGUUGGCGAGAGCUUUAUGACGGAGCUAGGGUUUGCCGCUGCUGUAGACGUCGGAGGUCCUGUGGGCCUGGGCCUGGGCCUGGUCCUGUAGCCAGAGGUGAGUUUAUUCAGUGUUUCACUGGUGCCAAUGUUCACCUGACUUUCGAUCAACAUUUGACUGUAGAAUAUGCAUGCCACUACAAAUGCUUUUUCUACUUCAGAUGAAGAUGCUUUCAUUCAUCCUAGACUAAACAAUAAUUUGCACUUUUCAGCUUCAAACACCUUAUCCACCAGCACUGCCCUGGUGGUCGAUACUCUUGCUCUGGAACCGACUUCCAAGCUCUGACUUCUUAAUACGCCUGUCUUUUAAUUUGGUUUCAAUAAAAUGAUUACCCUUGACAAUAA